AUGAAUUUUGAAAACAGAUGGGUCUUGAGAUCCGCUCUGAACUUCGCAAGUGAUGGAGAAGUAGUCAGAGAAGUAGGUAGAGAGUUCCAGAGAAAAGGACCAGAAAAAGCAAAAGCAGAUUUGGCAAAAGAGUGUUUAACACGAGUUAAGAAAAAGCGAGAAGAAGACGAUCGUAAACCGGGGCUCUAUAGCUCAAUUUCUUCACAGAAGAUAUGUAUAUGGCAUUUCACAAGUAAAAAAAGAAUCAACUUCACCGGAUUCCGAGAAAGGGGCGCCAUUUACAUUUCGACCGUCGAUUGCUUGCUAGUCCUUUCGGGCGGCUGCUCGUUUGAUGCUUUCCUUGUGGCUCGUCCAUGGAGAAAGUUCGCGGUAGUCGUUCGUGGGGCCCUGACGCAACUUGACGCUAGUUGGAAUGCAGAACAAAUCUCCGGGGCUUGUUAA